UUGUUAUUUGAUGGGCCUAGGAGAAAAGAUCUCUUUAGUUAUGCUAGGUAGUCUAUUUGUUCUAGUUUGGGUUGAGUUUAGUUCUAUACUUUAUUUUUGUUGAAUAUAAAUCUGACGGUGUCGCCGUCGUCCAAAUCCACCCAACGAUCUCACCGCCGAUUAGAGGCUUACUCCUCCUUGCUAUCCCACUACGAUCCGGCUUCUCAUUUUGACAUGGCUCCCGUCGUUCCGAGGUCCGGCGACGCAGUCUUCGCGAACGUUGAGCGCGUUAAUGCGGAACUUUUCACUCUCACGUACGGGGCCAUCGUUCGGCAACUGCUCACGGAUCUGGAGGAAGUGGAGGAGGUUAACAAGCAGCUCGAUCAGAUGGGCUAUAACAUUGGAGUCCGUUUGAUUGAUGAGUUUCUAGCCAAGUCAAAUACUUCCAGAUGUGUAGACUUCAGGGAAACUGCAGAAGUGAUUGCAAAGGUUGGUUUCAAAAUGUUCUUGGGUGUUACUGCAACAGUAACAAAUUGGGAUGUUGAGGGUACCAGUUGCAGCCUUGUUCUGGAGGAUAACCCACUUGUUGAAUUUGUUGAGCUUCCAGACUCUUGCCAAGGCCUUUAUUACUGUAAUAUCUUGAGCGGAAUUAUUAGGGGAGCGUUGGAGAUGGUGUCCAUGAAAACUGAGGUCACUUGGGUACGAGAUAUGCUGCAUGGUGAUGAUGCAUAUGAGCUGCGACUGAAACUUAUAAAACAAGUUCCAGAGGAAUACCCAUACAAGGAUGACGAGUAAAUAGAUUUGCUAGAUUAAAGUUGCUUACUGUAAAAAACAGAGGAUCUUUUUUUAUUUAUUUCUUAAAUCUAAUUUUCAAAGUAAUAUCUGCAAUAUGAAUUAAAAACAAUUAUUUUUCUUCGCUUACCAUCAUUGUAAUCAUUUUGCCAGAUCGCUUGGGUCAUAAACUCAAGACUUAAGAGCACAGUGAAAAAGUUGCAAAACAGCCA